GAAGCGAUCGUGCACAGACAACGAUUGAUCGGUCCUCGAGGAAAGGCCGCGUAAAAUGUCACCGCGAUCGAAAAACUGUCAGUGCUAGCAAACUAUCGCCGGUAAGGAUGCGCUAUUCGGUGAAACGAUUGAAAUGCGUGUGAGAUAGUAUAUCAAUAUGUGAAAGAACCUCGUCGAGGAAAAGCGAUGUCUACUUCUCUUCCCAUACUCGUCUGUUUUAUCAUUUCUUUUGGUGGUAUAGCGUCAUGUGUAAGAAAUUUUCGAACCGACUUUCUGGAGGAAUGGCCAACUCCUGGUACGGGACCCCAUUUCGACACCUCGAUGCAGUCAAACUUUACCGGACUGGUGGGCAAAACCGUGCAUCUAGUAUGCAAAGUGAAAAAUCUCGGAAAUCGGACUGUUUCGUGGGUAAGGCAUCGGGAUAUACACCUGCUAACGGUUGGCCGUUACACGUAUACGAGCGAUCAACGUUUCGAAGCGCUACACCUGCCUCACGCCGAAGAAUGGACGUUAAGGAUACGAUAUCCACAGCAGAAAGACUCCGGGAUUUAUGAGUGCCAAAUAUCAACGACACCUCCUAUCGGUCAUCCCGUUUAUCUAACGAUAGUCGAGCCGAUUACCAUCAUCAUCGGUGCUCCAGACCUAUUCGUGAAUAAGGGUAGCACCAUCAAUCUAACUUGCGUCGUAAAAUAUGCUCCGGAACCACCGCCCAUGAUGAUCUGGAGUCACAACACCGAGGUAAUUAACUUUGACUCACCGCGCGGCGGCAUUAGCCUGGUGACGGAGAAGGGUCCUGAAACGACGAGUCGUUUAAUGAUCCAGAAAGCGGUGCUGAGCGACUCCGGGAUCUAUACCUGUGAACCGAGCAACGCGAAUCCCAGCAGCAUUAAGGUGCACGUUGUUAACGAAGAACGACCGGCUGCGAUGCAUCACGGUGAUGGAAGUUCGUCGUACACUGGGACACGGCCAAUGUGUUUUAUAAUUUUAAUAGUAGCUAACAUAAUAUUUGUAUAAGAGGAAAGAAAGAAUAAUCGUCGAAAGGGAGAAGAAAUACGAAACACGAUGAUACAGCGCGAUUUCACUUGCAAAUCGCAUCGCCUAUGAUCGGUAACAUUCUUUGGGUGAAUAUUUGCGCAGGGUAAAAUCGAAUAUUACCUACAUUUUCAUUAAAUUUCCGUGACCAAAGAGUUUUCGAAUAUCAGCACGGCACAAUAAUCGGUAAAAACGUAGUAUUUUGUUAAGAUAUAUCAUCAAGAACGAAUAACUUACGACGUCAAAAUUUAUUGUAUUAUUUGUAAAUAAAUUCAUUGUAUGUACAUAUCAAUAAAACGAUCGUCUUUA